CUGGCCCGACCUCCACCGCCACAUUCCCCAGUACCCCGGGGGCCUAAAUCUGCAGCACAGCAUCGAAUACUGGCUCACUCUCGACAUCUUGAGCUCCCACUUCUCCAACAAUCUCACCGGCCGCUCUGCUCUCCGAGUCCACGAUUCGCGCGAGGCCGAUGUCGUUUUCGUCCCUUUUUCGCCUCCAUUAGCUACAACCGUUUCGGAAAGAGCCACCACAAGCGGGGCAAGAAGAGCGCCGACGAUAUGUUGCAGGAGAAGUUGGUGCAGUUUUUGGUAGCUCAAGAGGAGUGGGAGAGGUCUGGUGGGAGAGAUCAUAUCAUCGUUGCUCAUCAUCCAAAUAGCUUGUUGUAUGCAAGAAUGAAGCUGUGGCCUGCCCUCUUCAUUAUCGCAGAUCUCGGGAGGUAUCCCUCCACGGUUGCUAAUCUGAACAAAGACGUUAUCGCGCCUUAUAACCACUUGAUUCAGCCGUUCGCCCACGACCACUCUGGCUUCCACGCCCGCCCCACGCUGCUCUAUUUUCAAGGAGCUGUCUAUAGGAAAGAUGGUGGCACCAUUAGGCAAGAGCUGUUUUACAUGUUGAGAGAUGAAAAAGAUGUGCAUUUCACUUUUGGAAGUAUUAAAGGAGAUGGGAUUAACCAGGCUUCAAUAGGGAUGCACGCCUCCAAAUUCUGCCUCAACAUUGCCGGUGACACCCCCUCGUCCAACCGCCUCUUCGACGCCAUCGUCAGCCACUGCGUACCUGUGAUCAUAAGCGACGACAUUGAGCUGCCAUUUGAGGACAUUCUUGAUUACUCCGAGUUCUGCGUGUUUGUCUCCACCGCAGAUGCUUUGAAAGACGGAUUUCUAAUCGAUUUUAUUAGAAGCAUCGGCAAACAAGAGUGGACUAGGAUGUGGACAGUGCUGAAACAAGUGGAGCAUCACUUCCGGUUUCAGUAUCCGUCACAGGAGAAGGAUGCAGUUCAGAUGAUAUGGCAGGCAAUCUUGAGAAAGAUUCCAGCAAGCAAGAGGAGGAUUAACCGAGCAUCCCGGCUUUCUCGAACGCCAGUGGCCGGAGAGAGGAUGGUCAUCGCAAGCUCUCUGCCGAGGAUUUUUUGGUGA